AUGAGGCUCAUGAGAGUGAGCGGCACCUACCACCGAGAGGACAACAUUGCAAAUCGCAACCCGACGUAUGAGGAGAAGAUUCCGAAGGGCAAUGCGCAUGGCCUGGAGAGUAAGGAGGCCAUUGUGGCCUCGUACUGCGACUCUGAUUGCACGACUUGCAGGAAACAGGCUGCGCGGAUCACCACGUUGGGAGUGGCACGCAUGUUGCUCUGUUUGUCAGGCUAUGUGCGCGACUUGAAUAAAGAUAGAUAUAUUCCUGAAUGGAAGCCCGUGUCCUUGGUGUUAUCGACAACAUUGUGCUUUGAGGAGGUUGCUGAUAUCUCCAUCAGCACAGGAAUGAGUAUGAUGGAAAUAAGGCCUGAGCAUCGCCUGAAAACUACUCAACAGGAAGUAUGUCACUUUAUUGACCACUUCAACCCUUUCAUCCCUCCGAGCAAAGGUCUGAAGCUCGUAGAUCAAAUGCUCACUCUGAGCAUAGAGCGCUCUGCUGAAUGUGGCAUUAUCCCUGGAAAUCAGGAUAGGCGCAGUCUACUCGGCGUCGACUUGGAGGAUGUUUAUCUCCAGGCUCUGAGAGGCCCCCUGGCACCAUUUACAACCUUGCUAGAACCUGCCCAAGGUAACAAUUUUGAUUUGAGUGAGAUUAGCGUCGACUCAGGAUUGGGGCCGGAUGGACGCGAGUCCCCAAAAGCCACAAUUUAUGGCGAGGAAUAUGACUGCGUGUCAAACUCAUGUCUCGAGUUCCUCCAUGACAGCCACGGCAAAUAUGAGUUGAAUGCGGAUUUCUAUUCUGCGGAUAUCCCUAUCAGCCAGACAUACCUAUGUAAUUUGUGUGACGAGUCUGCUUGGAACAUUUUCUAUUCCUUUAGCGAUUUCAAAAGGCACAAGGAGACGAAGCAUGAGACCACAGACCACAUCCAGCAGCCACCAUUGCCUAUGCCAAAGAAAGCCGUAUCGAAGGCCACGAAUCGGUUUCAGGAGCCAAGUACACCCUCAAAGCCUGGCCAUGAUCUACGGGUUUCCUUAAACGCAAAUGUCACCCCAUCUCAGAAAAUUGACCUCCCAUCGCUGAACAAGGGCAUUCGUUCACCCUUAGGAAGUGAUACCACAGACUCAGGUGAUUCAGAAAUGUAUGCAGACGAGGAGUCAUUGUUCGACGAUCAGGAUGCCCAUCUCUAUACUGGGCGAAAGUGGAAUGAGCUAACCAUUCACCGGCUGGAGCGCAUUUACAAGCAGAAGCUGUACUCGCUUGUAGGUUCAAGGGUUCUCCAGCAUUGCAACCCACACCGGGAAUAUGGUACAUCAUCAGGUCAUGUUGCUGCCUGUUCCUUUCAACCCGGCCCCAAAGACGGGACCUCUUCCGGGGGGAAGAGAAAGCCGGAUGAGAUUUCCCACCAAGGCAAUCAUGGUGACCAUGAUGACAGUAACGGUGACGGUGAUGGUAUUCAAGAGCCCUCCAAGCGGUUCAAAGUAUCCAAAUCAGAAGACCGACCCUUACGAUUCGCUUGUCCCUUCUUCAAGCGGCAUCCAGAGAGCUUCCGAACAUGUGGAAUGUCAGAUCAUGAGAACUCAUCCCGAGUGAAGCAACACAUAAGUCGCAAGCACCGCAUGCCCAUAUACUGCCCGAGAUGCUCAGAAACUUUCAAGACCGAACACGACAGGGACACACACGCUCGUGAUGUCGACUGUCCGGUGGGGCCCAAAGCCAACUUCGUCUGCGCAACGGCCGACCAACUGAGGAAACUGAGCAAAAGAAACACAAGACAGACAGAUCGAGAGAACUGGAACACCAUUUACAAGAUCUUGUUUCCUGAAGAUCCGUUGCCUGAGAGCCCCUAUCUUGACCCGCUCGUUUCAUACGAGGUCAAUCUCGUCCGAGAGGCUUUCCUAGCCGCUGCACCCGUGGCUGUCCGAACUGCUAUACAGCAUGUGAUUCCGGAAGAAUUUAGUGAUGCUCUGGAGGAGGAAUUGGAACGAGUCCUGCGAUCGACUCAUGCCGAGGUCUUUGAUCAGAUCUUUCGGAGAAUGCGCGAGUAUCGAGAACCGGCGCAAGUGCAUCGCCUACCAAUCCAAUCUUUGUUGCAAAUCAGGAUGCCCAGCACUCCUGACUCUGGUAUUGGAAGUACCGUCAGAUCUGGAAGCAGUCAGGAUGAGCCUCAGCAAACCACGAAUAGCCAAGAUAUGGCGACUUCCUUCAGCAGUGGAUCAUUGAAUUUCCACAACGAUGAGGCCAUACCAUUCCUGCCACUGUUCACGCCAGGAUUCGACUCAUUCGAGCAUCAUAUUGGUUGCCUUUCACGAUCUCUCCAGGAUGCGGCCUUCGAUGAUCUUCCCGUGUAUCUGAACCCUUCAGGUGCCAGCUUUUUGACGGAUCAAUCUUGA